AUGGCUAGCUCAUCUUCCUCACACGAAACCGUCACAAUCGUUCUGGCCACAGUCAUACCGUCCGUAUUCCUUCUUUUUUUGGCGGCCGUCAUCUACCACCGAGUUAGAAGGCGAAAGGCUCGAUUCCGCAACCGAGGAAUCACGCCGAUUGACGAUGAGGAGAUUGAAUCUUGGAAAAUUGAUCGCACACACAGCGUUGACGACGAAGAGAAGCCGCCCGCUUCUCCCGAAUCAGCUGUAAGCGAGCCAAAGCGAGUUCACCACUCUCAUCAUGCAAGCACAUCGAUUGGUUCCGUAAAGUCAUCGAGCGUCAUUGUCUACCAAAAUCGGGUCUCGGAAGACCAGCAGCCUUGGUCUCCUGUUCGGGGGAAGCAGAGCAUUGAUAUCCCCCCAACACCGGUCCUUGCACGAGCACCAAACUCUCGGCCAGGUCUAACAGACGAAACUGUCCGAGGUGCUCAGGCUUACGUCAAUGUUAAGCGUACCCCAUCGACGCGUCUGUCCAAAACCAACGCCCCUCGUCAUGCUCGGACCAAAAGCUCACGGAGCACAAGAAGCAGCUUUGGUUCCAGCGCUAAACGUGAACAAUGGUACAGCCAGACGCCGGAGGGAAACUCGCCUCGGCCCUCUGCUGACAUCUAUUCCAAGUCGGCGCCGGCAUCUCGCAGGGCGACCAUUUCGACACCGGCCAACCAUGCUUCUCGUCGGAUCUCUACCGAUGAUGACGUCCCCCUGACUGGUCUAUCACCACGACCGGUGGUGCUUAGAGCCGAAAUUGGGCGCGCCAUAGGAUGA